UGUUCUAGAAACAAUUAAAAUGGCGAGUUUAUUUUUUAUGCUCUUGUAUUGUGACAUACUUCUUUUUACGGUCAACGGAGACGGUCGACUCCAAGUAAAAUUCAAACAGCUCAUCCAUCCUAUUGGCACAACAGACUUCAACGCUGACUGUUGCGGUAGUCAAGUGUCUUCACAUUGCCUUGGUCUGUGUGUUCCAAAGUUUAAGAUAUGUUACAAAGGAGGAACAUCAAAUGGAAGUGAAAGUGGAAGUGGAUCAUUUCCAAGUGGAAGCUGCUUGCAAACAAUUGAAACAGGAUUCUACAAUCCAAUUCCACAACCAGGAAGCACUCUAGUUAUAUUUACUGACAGUGAUGGAACUUUCAACUUUAACGUCCAAUCAUCAGCUCCGGAUCAACAUUAUAUUCAAGUAGAAGUGAUCGGUAUUUCACUAAAACUAAUAGACAUAAUCGAUAUAUCAGCGGCUUCCAGUUUGAUAAAUCAGACAUCAGACUUUACUGGUUCACGUGCAGCUCUUCCAAUAGCAUUGACAGUAGAGUGGCAGUUGUUCUGUGACAAAAACUGGUAUGACAACGAUUGUGGUGAAUACUGUGUGGCUCAAGACACAGCAAUCCCACCAGCCCAUUACACAUGCAACACAACAACGGGACAAAGGAUAUGCCUCGCAGGUUAUGAGAAUUCAGACAGAAACUGUUCAAUUGAUAUUAAUGAGUGUGCAUCCACCCCAUGUCAAAAUAAUGCCACUUGUCAAGACAACAUUGGGCAGUUCAAAUGUUUGUGUCCGACUGGAUUCACAGACACUUUAUGUCAAACAAAUAUUGAUGAUUGUGUCAGAGUGCAGUGUAUCAAUGGUGGUUAUUGUAGUGAUCUUAUUGCUAACUAUCACUGCAACUGUGCUCCUGGAUACACAGGAAAGAGAUGUGAUGUUGAGAUAGGAGAGUGUUUAUCCACCCCAUGUCAAAAUAAUGCCACUUGUCAGGACAACAUUGGGCAGUUCAAAUGUUUGUGUCCAACUGGAUUCACAGACACUUUAUGUCAAACAAAUAUCGAUGAUUGUGUCAAAGUGCAGUGUCUCAAUGGUGGUUAUUGUAGUGAUCUCAUUGCUGACUAUCACUGCAACUGUGCUCCUGGAUACACAGGAAAGCGAUGUGAUGUUGUGACAUUAGACAAGGAGACUUCUACAGGGUUGUCAGUAGCAAUUAUAGCUGCAGUUAGUACAUUGUCUGGGGUCAUUAUCAUUCUGAUCGUGGCAGCUACUUUCUGUUUAUAUCAAUGGAAAUGCUCAGAAAGAACUGUUGAUGCUUCGGCAAGGUCCAACGCAACUAGAAUGGAUGAACUGAGACAAACAUAUUUUGAUAGGAUGUAUGAGACAGCGGCUAACACUGACGAUUACACUGAUAUGACGUCUGGGACAGUGAAUGAAGCAUAUGGUGUGGUAGUUGAUCAGAACUAAAGACAACGGAUGCUUACAAACUGUACAGUGUAUGAUAUAGCUAGCUGCUCAGUCCUAAUCGUGUGCGCAUGCAUGCUCAGUCAUUCUAACUUAAGAACUAUAAUAUACUUAGUGUGGCGUAAGUGAUUGUAUUGGUUGGUUAACUAUAUUUUAUACUGUGAAAUACAUUGUCCU